UUGACACUGAUUGUUGUGGUACAGACGAAGUUAUUUUCUUGUCAAUACUGUCGAGUUAUUAGCGCGAAUGCCGAGAGCUCUCAAUACUUCAGACAAUGGCAUGGAGACUUUUUUGUCCUCCACUCGAGUGACGGCCAUUUUAAAUUGUGUACCACGUGAUACGCAUCGUCGCGGAUCUCUAUGCAAAAUCAACACAUGGGCGGUAACUCUUGUGAAAAGAAAAUACGGAGUUGUUGUUCUUUGCGAGGAAAUCUAAUUUCAAACUUCUAGCGACAUGGUUUCAUGGUGUGACUACACUUCUACGUCCACGAGUUCCACCUACACGGUCUGAUAAGAUUGCAACUGACUUCAGGAGGUCUUCUAUUGUUACUAGAAACAAUAGAGUUGAUAAAGCUGAGGUCUUGAGCUUCAUGGAAAGUUAGUCAACAGUAAGUGUAAAAGUACUUUUACCCAAAAGACAAUAAAUAUAAUCAGUAAUUCUUGGAGAGCACAAAGAUAUGUUUGCCAUGAAGAGAGAGAUGCAGGUCCCAUGUACACUCAUAAAGACUGAAACGAAAUAUAUGGCUGAGGCACAAGAAGACCUAAGUGAUAAUGUAAUACCUAAAGCAGAAAGUUCAUUUUGCUCUGAUUAUAAUGAGACAAAAUGUUUACAGAAUGAUUUCAUGCAGCAUGACAGUAUCAUUGGCCAAGAACUCCAUAAUAUAAAAAUUUAUCCAGCUGCACAAACAAACUUGAGGUGUGAGAAUGUUCUGAAAGUGGAGAUAAAUUCUCAAGAUUCCACUUCUUUCAUUAAAAUUGAACAGCAGCAAACUCACAAUGUGAAGAUAGAAUGGCCACAUAUGACUGAGCAUAAUCAUAUAGUAAAGACUGAGAGAUCAUGGCCUGGCCAGGAUGCAAUUUCUCAACUUGAUAGUGAUAAUGAAUUUUAUUGGAACUGCCAAGGCGAUACUUAUGAAGUGAAGACACAGUAUGCAAAAGGACCAGACACUUCUGAGGUCAAGCAUGAAGAUCACUCUGGUCAAGGCGUUGGUUCUGCAGUAGAGUCAGAGCAGACAAAAUCACACACUCAGUCCACAAUAAUGGAGCACUUGAAGGCACAGAGUGUACCGCAGGAGGUGGAGUGGAAUUGCAGGAAAAAUAAAGAUAUUUUAGCAUGUAUAUCAUCACCUGAACUUCAAGAUGUGGAUGUUGCUGGAUGUAAAAAUACACAGGUGACGGAUAUUGUGACUGAAAGUCCUCAGCAUGAGAGAAAUGUAAAUGUGACAGAAGCUAGCAUCAGUACUGAGUCAGAAAAACAGCACCCUAGUAGCCAUAUUGAAUCUGAGAAGUCCAAAGUGUGCAUGUCUCUAUUCCGUUUUCCAUCCUUGCAGAAGAAACACAUGUCGGACCACACUGGGAAACCUCACAAGUGCAGAACAUGCUCACAAUGA